CAUUAUAAAUCUAUGAGUUUUCAGUCUUUCGAUGAUGUUGAUAAGAUGUUCGGCACGGAUAAUCUCCGACCCGGUUACGAUAUGCUAAGGAAGCGUUAUGAUGCCGGUGACAAAUCAUCCGAAUUGCUUUGGAGACUUGCCAAGUUUUGCCAUGAAUUAGCCGCACAUACUACCGACAAAGGAAAAAAGAAGGAAUUAAUUUUUGAAGGGAAAGGCUAUGCUUUGGAAGGGUACCAUGCCAACGAAAAUGAUUUUCUAGCAGUGAAGUGGGCAGCCAUCAUGACUGGAUCUUCAACAGAUUACCUAGGGACUAAAGAAAGAAUUGAGGAAGGCGCAAAAUUCAAGGAAUUCUUGGAUAAGGCUUUAGCUAUGAACGCAAAAGAGUACACUCUUCUUCACAUGCGAGCCAGAUACUCCUAUUCUGUCGCCAGCCUGUCCUGGUUCGAACGAAAAAUUGCCGCUGUUUUCUUCGCAACCCCACCUACAGCUACUAUGGAAGAAGCUCUAGAGGAUUUUCUGGCUGCCGAUAAAGAAAAGCCGGAUUGGAUAGAGAAUCUUAUCUACAUUGCACGCAUCUAUUAUGCAAAUAAUGACAAGGAAAAUGUAAGAAAGUAUUGCAACAGACUGCUCGCACUCAAACCAACGGAUGAAGAUGAGCGUGAUCGUGUCCAAGAAGCGAAGAAAAUGUUGUCCAAGUGCUAG